AUGCUUGAUCAGAAGACCAAGUUAACGGCAGUAUCCGCUCCAGUCGUAGAUGAUCCGAACAGUGGUUUGCACUAUGCUCGACGCGGUUCCAUCACGAAUGAUGAGUUGUCGAAUGAACAAAUCGAGGGAUACGAUGCGGAGCGAAUGCGGGCGCGUACAUUGUUAACCGCCGAAGAAGAGAAGAAGCUGCUCCGAAAGGUCGACUGGCACCUGAUGACGCUGUGCUCCGUCAUGUUCCUGCUAAAAAACAUCGAUGCUGACAACGUGUCGAACGCUCGUAUCAUGAACAAAGGCACUAAAAGCAAUAUCAUGACACAGCUCGGGAUGAGUGCGAACGAGUACAAUCUCGUCACGACCAUGUACUAUAUUCCUUACAUCAUUGCUGAGGCACCAUCUAAUCUGCUGCUCAAACGUUUGUUGCCGUCAAGAUGGCAAUCAAGAAUCAUGAUCACCUGGGGCAUAGCAUUGGCUUGCCACGCUGCGGUGAAGAACAAGGAGGGCCUUUCGAGGCUGGCAUGUUUCCAGGCGUCAUAUUACAAAUGUGCUACUGGUAUCGACCGGACGAGAUGUCAGUACGCUUGCUGUAUUUCUGUAAUAGAUAUUUUGGGCAACCUCUCUGGUAUCUUCAGCGGGAUUCUCGCAUUUGCAUUCUCUCAUCUAGAUGGAGCCCACGGACUGUCUGGGUGGCAGUGGUUGUUCUUAGUGGAAGCAAUCGUUACAAUCGUGUUCGGAAUUUCGCUCAUCUGGAUCCUCCCCGAUUUCCCUCCGCAGGCGAAAUGGCUGACAGAGAAAGAGAAAGCAUUUAUACAGGCUCGGCUCCCUGGAAAUGCUCCGCAGUCUUCGGAGCUGAACUUCCGCUGGCGAGAGAUUGUCGAUGCGUUGAAGGAUGUUCGUCUUUGGCUCUUCACACUCAUCUGGGCCCUUUUCACUAUCGGAACGAGCGGAGUACGAUUUUAUCAACCGACUGUCAUUGCAAACCUUGGGUUUACAGACAUCGCCUCUGCACAGCUCCUAAAUCUCCCAAUCUCGAUAUUCUCCAUUAUCGUUAUUGGCGUAACUGGAGCCUUUGCAGACAAUGGCCGUCUGCCACGCCCACUCUACCCCUUAUCAUUCCUCUGUGUCAUACUCAUCUGCUAUGGUGUUCUGUACGCAUAUCCAAACACAGGUGGUGUCUUUGCUGCCACAGUAAUCGGAAAUGGGGUCACGUCUGCGUGGUACCCUAUGAUGUGGCCAUGGCGCGUUCAAACGACCUCGAAGGCCACCGGGUCAGCUUUUUCAAUUGGCUUCGUGAACAGUUACGGUCAGAUUGGUGGUGCUAUUGGUCCUCAUCUUUUCAGGAGCCAGUAUGCACCGCACUAUGGUAUCAGUUUUGGCAUCGCGAUGGGAUUUGUGUCAGCAUGUAUCCUGGCGACCAGUUUGACAUGGUACUUGACAAGAAAAACGGAAAGGGAUACGAGAAAAUUGAAAGUUGCCAGGGUCAAAGCACAGAAUAGGGGGGAGACGGUGUUAGACGACGUGGUUGAUAAGGAUUUGAAAAAGGCGCGCAGUAGUGAUAAAAGCGCGGAGACAAGGGCGUAG